GAGGUUCUUAAAAGAAGAACCACAACUACUUCACGUUUUUGUCACAUACACACACGGAGCGAACCACAUUCAAAGACGGGGGUUGUUGUUGUCUCAUAUUAUUAUUAUUAUUAGCAUCAUUAUUACAUUACUAUACGACGACGACGACUCCCUCCUGUGCUGUUCUGCUGCUCUUGUUUUUUUUUUUUUUUUCAUUUGUUUGUUUGCAAACCAAAGAAGAUAGCAAAUGUUUCUAGUAUUCGAAACAUCCAGUUGACUCCAGUUUACAUUUUCAAACUAUGGCUGACGACGGUGAAGUACUGGAUAGUUGGGAGGAACUGGAUGAUAAAGCAGUUUUCGAUAAACAACUCAAGGAGUUCAAUGAAAACUUGAAACCUAAAACUCAUGUGAAUCGGUUAUUGUCCCCAUUGCAAGAAGACACUUUGAGAACAGCCUACCAACCUCAAGUGAAGAUUUUGAAACGGCAGCCUGGUACUGGUGCUACAACCAACAGAACUGGCAAUUCAGCAAACAAUGUUUCAGUUAAUCGUCCGCUAAAGACAUUGGAACAACGAGAAGCUGAAUAUGCUGAAGCCAGACUGAGGAUCAUGGGAUGUGCAACUGGCUAUGAUGGCCAACAGACACAAUUGCCUUCAGACAAUAGCAAACCUGUGAAAUUACUGCAACCAUUGGAUUAUUGCAGUCCAGACAACAACAUAGUCCGUCAACCAAAGGGUCCGGAUGGCAGCCGUGGGUUCAUCAGUGCGCAGAGGUAGUUGUCGGAAACUGGAGGGGGUAGAAAAAAUAUGGCUGUAAACCCCUCACUUGGAGAAAUCAAAAGAUAUCAAGCUAUAUAUAUAUAUAUAUAUUUGUGUGUGUGUGUAUGUAUAUACAUAUAUAUAUAUAUAUAAUGGUAUAUACAUGAAUAUAUAUAUAUACACACACACAUAUAUGUAUGUGUGUAUAUGUAGUUAAUUAUAUAACACACACACACACACAUAUAUAUAUCUAUAUAAUGAUAUAUAUGUAUGUAAUACAUGUAUAUGUAUGCGUGUGUAUGUAUAUAUGUGUGUGUGUAUAUAUAUAUAUAUAUAUAUAUAAUGACAUGUAAUACAUGAAUACAUGCUUGUGUGUGUGUAUAUAUCUAUAUAUAUUUAUAAUGACAUGUAAUACAUAUAUUCAUGCGUGUGUGUGUGCAUAUAUAUGUACACACACCUAUAUUAAUGCAUCCAUGUAUAUAUGUAUGUAUAUGUGCCUGUGUUUAUUUCUAUAUAUAUAUAUAUA